AUGGGACUCGGCGCCGAUCCCACCUACCCGUUAUACCCAGUCCUAAGCCUCCUGGCAUCCGUAUUGCUUCUCCUUUUGCUAUUCACGAGCCUCGUCAGGCAGCGAUGGAACUUAGGCGUUGCCUUUCUUUGCUUCUGGCUCUUCCUAGAGAACUUGGUGCAGGGCGUUGAUGCGAUCGUCUGGGCUGAUAACGCCGAUAUCAAGGCUUAUGUCUAUUGCGAUAUCGUGACGCAUCUUCAGAUGAUCUGCACCAUUGUCAGGCCUAUGGCGUCCCUGAUCAUCACGCGCCGUCUGUACUUGAUGUCGAGCUCAAGAGUCGAGAUACUCACUCAGAAACUGGGCUAUCGUGACCUUGCGAUAGAAUGGUUCUUAGGCCUGGGUAUCCCUGUGAUAGUUGCGGGACCGUUGUACUACGUUUCACAGUCCGCUCGCUUCGUAGUAAUCGAGAGUGUGGGGUGCAUCAAUGUCAUGGUCGGCGCCGCACUGAGUCUUCUCCUGACCGCUUCGUGGGGGAUCAUCGUGCCUCUCGUCACAAUUACUGUUUACUACCCCAGAGUCCUUAGGACAUUCUAUCUCCACUACAAGGACGCCAAUAGGUACACUCGCAGCGAAAGCACUGUAUCGCGUACCAGUUACCUGCGCAUCCUCAUGCUCGCCAGCAUCGACAUCCUUCUGACCCUCCCCACAAACAUCGUCUCUCUCGCGCUCGAUCUAUACUUCGCACAUGUCGAAAGAUCAUUCCCGUUCUACCCGGGCUGGAGCGUUGUGCACUCAGAUUGGAGCCCACAGAGUAUCUCGUACUCGGAGCUGGAGUCGGGAGGGCAAGUCAGUGUGCGCCAGCUCUAUGUUUCCCGCUGGACGCCGCCUGUGCUCUCACUCGUCAUAUUCGCACUCUUGGGAGCGACGGAGGACGCCAGGGCGUUGUAUUUGCAUGUACUUCGCACCGCGGGCCGGUACGUCGGGUGUGGAUUAAUUGGGUCUAGAAAGAGACACGGCGUUCGUUCUGCCCUCGACACCAUCCAGUUCAGUCCUCCACCGGGGAGUACCACCGAUACGGAAGCUGGAACAUCUGGUGCCAGUGAUAAGGAGUGGAAAGCCGACGACACUGUUAUGUUCCCGCAGAGAAGCCUUGGAGGAGACACCGGAAGCAGCACGAUUCGAACGAACUCGUCGGCAUGA